GUAGCUUCUUCAGUAUGUCUGGACGCGGCAAAGGCGGGAAGGGCCUCGGAAAGGGUGGCGCUAAGCGUCAUCGCAAAGUCCUUCGCGAUAACAUCCAGGGUAUUACAAAGCCCGCAAUUAGGCGGCUGGCCCGUCGUGGCGGCGUCAAGCGUAUCUCCGGCCUGAUCUACGAGGAGACUCGCGGGGUGCUGAAGGUGUUUCUUGAGAACGUGAUCCGCGACGCCGUCACCUACACGGAGCACGCCAAGCGCAAGACCGUCACCGCCAUGGACGUGGUCUACGCGCUCAAGCGCCAGGGCCGCACCCUCUACGGCUUCGGCGGCUACCUGAGAAAGCCGGCCUCCUGGUACGGCGCUCAAAAUGGCGGAACAAAGAGCCGCGCGCCCAUUUGGCGCGAAGGGGAAACCCAGGAACAAAGUGCGAGUGUGAGCGGGACUGCCCCGGACCUGGGCGGAGCUUGCGUCCCAGGCCCUGAGUCCCAGGCCCUGCUGCGUGAGCUACGAGCUCUUCCUGGCCUCUUAGAUCUGUGGACCAACAAAAUCUACUUGGAGCUGGUGUACUUGGUGACGGCCUUGGUGCCCUCGGACACGGCGUGCUUGGCCAGCUCCCCGGGCAGCAGCAGGCGCACGGCCGUCUGGAUCUCCCGAGACGUGAUACUCUCCUUGCGGCUGCGCUUGCGCUUCUUGCCGUCCUUCUUCUGCGCCUUGGUCACCGCCUUCUUCGACCCCUUCUUGGGCGCGGGAGCGGACUUCGCUGGUUCGGGCAUGUUCGGACUAUUACUCCUGGAUUACAAUGAGCAAGUCUGUUGGGUGUUUGUACGUUCUGGAGUGGUUCUUUUCUGUCUCGUUUUAACUAUGUCUGGGCGCGGAAAGCAAGGAGGCAAGGCCCGCGCUAAGGCCAAGACCCGGUCUUCACGGGCUGGACUGCAGUUCCCUGUUGGUCGUGUCCAUCGCUUGCUUCGCAAGGGCAACUACGCCGAGCGAGUUGGUGCUGGAGCUCCGGUCUACCUCGCUGCAGUGCUGGAGUACCUCACCGCUGAGAUCUUGGAGUUGGCCGGGAAUGCAGCUCGGGACAACAAGAAAACUCGCAUCAUUCCCCGACACUUGCAGCUGGCCAUCCGCAAUGACGAGGAGCUUAACAAACUACUUGGCAAAGUGACCAUUGCUCAGGGCGGCGUCCUGCCCAAUAUUCAGGCCGUGCUGCUGCCCAAGAAGACCGAGAGCCACCACAAGGCUAAGGGAAACGUUACUAUGGCUCGUACUAAGCAGACCGCUCGCAAGUCCACCGGUGGCAAGGCUCCCCGCAAACAGCUGGCCACCAAGGCCGCUCGCAAGAGCGCUCCGGCCACCGGCGGCGUGAAGAAGCCCCACCGCUACCGGCCCGGCACCGUGGCGCUGCGCGAGAUCCGGCGCUACCAGAAGUCGACGGAGCUGCUGAUCCGCAAACUGCCGUUCCAGCGUCUGGUGCGCGAGAUCGCGCAGGACUUCAAGACUGACCUGCGCUUCCAGAGUUCUGCUGUGAUGGCGCUGCAGGAGGCCAGUGAGGCCUACCUGGUGGGUCUCUUUGAGGACACUAACCUGUGCUUCAGUUUUAAAAUGUCUGGACGCGGUAAGGGUGGAAAAGGCUUAGGUAAGGGCGGUGCUAAGCGGCACCGGAAGGUUCUUCGAGACAACAUCCAGGGCAUUACUAAGCCUGCCAUUCGCCGCCUUGCUCGCCGUGGCGGAGUCAAGCGUAUUUCUGGUCUCAUAUAUGAAGAGACCCGAGGUGUUCUCAAGGUGUUUCUAGAGAACGUCAUCCGCGAUGCCGUUACCUACACGGAGCACGCCAAGCGCAAGACCGUCACAGCCAUGGACGUGGUUUAUGCCCUCAAGCGGCAGGGCCGCACUCUUUAUGGCUUUGGCGGCUAG